AUGGUGACCAGCCGCUGGAUCUGGACUGUCCUGCUGUUGGGCUUGGGGUUCACGGGCAACAUUCAAGGGUUUCCGGCACGGUCUUACAACAGAGAGAUGUGUCGUGUUGCUCCCCCAGCCUAUGUGCAGUUCAGUUACCCACUUCUGAGCUAUACUGUUGGAGAUGCAUCAGCUUUAGUGUUCACAAAGAAACCUCUGGAUGCAGAAGCUCUCAAAGAUGUCAGAAACAACAGAACACUUGCACUAGAUGACAUCAAUGACAAUGCACCAGUGUUUGAGAAAAAGAAGUACACAAAGAGUGUAUCAGAGGCAAAGCCAGUUGGCAGCUGGGUGAUUGAAGUCCAAGCAUUUGAUUCAGAUGUCUCCCCCCUCUAUAGCAGUUUUAGAUACAGUAUCGAGCCGCCUUCAGCUACAUUUACAAUGGCAGGUGGAUUAAUGCUUUUGCAGGAACAGCUGAACUACACUCUAACAAAACUGUACAAUUUAACAGUGAAAGCCAAGGAUUCUUUUGGCAAAGCAGGAGAAACUACUGUUGUAGUUCAUGUGUUGAAACCCCCAGGACUUCAUUUUGAACAUGACCUUUACAAUGCCAUGAUACAUGAGAAUGAGGUUGGCCAAUUUCUAUCGAUUUAUCCAGCUCCAAUAAAGGCCUUUGAUGGGGUUCAAGAGAUCAUUUACAGCAUCAAUAAAGUAUCUCCUGGAGAGUAUUGGGGAAAGUUUUCCAUUCAGAAGGAAACUGGAGUCAUCAACAUUGAUAAAGAACUGGAUAGAGAGAAAGCAUCCUUGAUAAACAUGACCAUAAUGGCCUCACUAAAGAAUGACAGCAUGAAGACAGCAGAUACCAUGGCUAUUGAGUGCCCUGUGUACGCUAUAGCUUAGGCUACUUUACAGAGGCGACAGAUCGGCC